AUGACUGUGGUCAGAGUGCUGCUGGUUGACGACGAUCCAUCUUCGUUGAAGCUGCUGGAGAAGAUGCUUCAGCACUGCGAAUAUGACGUGACGGCGACGAGCAGUCCGGCGACGGCGAUGCAGAUGUUAAAGGAUCAAAGCCAAGGAUCUUAUGAUAUUUUCGUUGGCGAUGCGCGCAUGAUGCAGAUGGAGGGCUCCGAGCUCUUCGAUGUAGCCAACGGGGAAAUGGAUUUGCCUGUCGUUUUGAUCUCAGCAACUGCAGACACAGAGGCCAUAACUAAAGCAGUUCUUAGUGGAGCAAAAGACUUUUUGAUAAAACCGAUAAGACUGGAAGAGAUCAAGAAUAUUUGGCUUCAUGUAGAGAGAAAAAAGGCAUUUGAAUUCGUCGAAAGAAGCCCAACAAAUGAUGUUGGUGAAGAGGGCAUUGAAUGUGUCAAUGAAGAUGAAGAUGAAGAAGAAGAAGAAGAUGACGACGUCGACCAUGGGAAAAGUGUCAUGGCUGCUUCUGAAUCGAAUGCUUCAGAGGAGGAGAGUAGUUAUGAACAGAUGGAGAUGGAAACUGAUAAUGGCGAUUCCAAUGAAGGUUCGUUGAGUAGGAGGAAGAGGAGAGUGGUCUGGACGAACGAACUGCACGGUAAAUUUAUUGAAGCAAUGAAUAUGAUAAAUCCUCAGAUGUUGAGCAAAAAAUCACUAACAAAUGCUUCAUCAGGAGCUGUCCCAAGGCUGAUUCUUAGGGCCAUGAAUGUACCGGGGUUGACACUGCAAAACGUUGCCAGCCAUCUGCAGAAGUACAGGCUGAAUUCGAAAAGAGAACAGGAAGCUAGAAUAGCUGCCACUGUUUCUAUGCAAAAUCAAGAUCUCACAGACCGGCACAGUGAGCUCGCCUAUUCGGCAGGCUCAAUGGUGAACCAGGCACCCCAGCCCUCAACAACCGGCCCUCUUCUUUCAACUUCAAAAGAUCAUCUGCUGACCAAUAAGUUCAACGGACGUGGACUAACAGGUUUCAGAGGGCACAGCUACUAUACAACUGGGGGAUCGAUACCAAGAUUCCGCAGGCAAUUGAGUCUGCCAGGAAGAGUGUCAGGGAGCUCUAACAUGCCGUUACACUCUGUACCAACAGGAUACCAACACCAGUUCUCCACAUGGAAUUCAAGUUCAUACAUGCCCAGCAGAGGUUGGAGUACUGCUCCUUCCAGAGCUCCCUGUUUCAAUGCCAGGGUUGAUCAUCUGCGGAAUAACUUUCUUCCACAGGGGAACGCCCUCGGUAGAGGAUCAACUGAUAAUCUAACAACCAUGGGAAACUUCUCUUCUGGUCUAAUGUGUGAUACCACUCCACCAUUUCAAGCAAAUACUAGUGCUCUUGGCAACUUCUCUUCUGGUCUAACGUGUGAUACCACUCCGCCAUUUCCAGCAAAUACUAGUGAUAUGGGUACAACAGCAGAAGCCCUUCAACGAGGUCCUGUGAUUGGGGGAAACCUGCCGACUCCGAGCUUUACUGAAGGCAGCUUCCAACCAAUGUCUUAUCAUUCGAAUAAUGGAGCUGAAGACUUGCAGAAUUCGGCAGGGAGAAGUAGAUGGUCUUGGUAA